AUUCAAAGGAAGGGCUUCAAAAAACAUGGCACCGUAAGUGUAUAGCAGAAGGAGUGAAAGGACAGUGGGUGUGCGGAGAGGAAAGAAGGGGGUCUCUGGGGGCAGCUGUAGUUGCCUGGAUGCAGAAGGAUGGGGGUCUCUGUCGAGGUCAGGAAGGUCUAUCCCUACCCAUUCCAGCAGGUAGUGACCAGCUACCUUAAUAAGUAUCCAACUCCUCUGGAGAAACAUGUCACGGACGUCAAAACAGUGGAAGAGAAAAAUGACCCAGCAACAGGCAUUGUUUACAGGAAGCGAAUCGCAACGUGUAACAAUGUGAUCCCGUCCUUCUUACGGAAGUUCAGUAUUAUGAAAAUAUCAAAUGUUUACUUGGAAGAAGAAUCUUGGCUCGAUAUGAAGAAACGUGUCAUGACGCUAAAAACCCGCUGCCUAACAUGGGCACAGUAUGCCUCUUUAAAGGAGGAGUCUAUGUACAGGGAAAGUACGGAAAACUCCAACUGGACAGAGUUUACUCAAAAGGGAUUUAUUUCAAUCACGGGUGCCGGCUUACUGAACUGUGUCCUGGAAACAUUUGCACAAGCUUUCUUGAAACAAGGAGCCAAAAAAAGUAUUUCAAUCAUGGAAACCAUCCUUCAGGAGCGCUGUGGAAGCCCUUUCUCUUCACCAAGACCAGUUAAUGAUGAGAAAACUCAACAUCCCGCAUAACUCUUGUGAUAUUGGUUACAUGUGCUGUCUUUGUUCUUUCCUAAAGUUUAUCUAAAGGGCUGAAGAUACAAUACAAGUAUGCUGUAUAACCUCAUUAUGCUGGAGAACCCCAUUAGACCCAACAAUGUAUGAUUACUUAAAGAAACAGAA